GGGAGGGCGGGCGAUUGGCUCGGAAGCGGUUUGAACGUUGGCGCGCGGCGGUCAUGGAGUUCGUGCUGCGAGGUGUCUCCGCCUACGUGGAGGUGUGGUCCGCCAACCGGACGGAGAAUUAUUCCAAGACCUUUGCGCAGCAGCUGCGAGACAUGGGAGCCCAAGUUUCAAAAACUUUUAACAAGCAUGUGACUCAUGUAGUCUUCAAAGAAGGACAUUUGGCUACAUGGAGAAAAGCACAGCAGACUGGAGUAAAACUAGUUUCCAUACUGUGGGUAGAAAAAUGCAGAGAAACUGGUGUACGGGUUGAUGAAUCUUUAUUUCCUGCACUGUAUGCCAGUGAAGGAUUACCCCUACAUAUUAAAAAACAUAAAUGUAUGCAACCAAAAGAUUUUAUUGAAAAAACACCAGAAAAUGAUAGAAGACUGCAACGAAGAUUAGAUGAGAUGGCAAAAGAACUAGAUAUACAAAAAAACACUUCAGAUAUACCAGUUUUAUUAUUUGAGGAUGAUGGCUCGCUAGUGUAUAGCCCUGUUAAUAAAUUAAAGGAGCAAUGCAACGCGAUGGAAAGGAGAAUAAAAGACAUGAAGGACAAAAGGGAAAAUCUUUCCCCUACUGCUUCACAAAUGACUCCCGUGUCUACAUUUAAUUCAAAAUGGCCUGAAAAUGGACCAUUCCUGGGUUUAACCAGUUCAGCAGAUACAUUGUCACCAGAAGAGCAAAUCAGUGAUUCUUUAAACUCAAGUUUUGAUGACCUUUGGGGAAAUUGUAAAUUAAAGAAACAGAAGAUGGAGUCACUAGAAUGCAUUCAUGUGGCUCAAAGUGAUAUUUAUGUUUCUACACCUGCAUUGGAGGAUUCUUCAUUCUCCAACAAUGAUCGAGAGAACUUAACUCCAAAGCAAUGUAAUAGAAAACAGUUAAACAAAAAACUGAUAUUACAACACUCAUUGGGGGGUGACCUUUCAGAAAAGGGAGAAUCUGAAACAUCUCCUAACAAGAAACAGAAUUAUGAUGAUAAUCUGACUUCUGCAUCAAUUGUGACCAACAGUUCAUUUCUCCAAGAAAGAGACUUGAGUUAUUCUGCUCCUUCACAAAGAAUAGUCCAGUUAGAGGCUGCUGCAGGUACCAAAGACAGUCACUCGGAUUUAUUAGUGAGCAGCAAAGAUUUUAAUAUGUGUUCAGUUGGUGUGAGUGUUCCUGUUAACCUAAGGGGUUGUGCUGUUGGACCUAAAUCAAAGGGGAAAUCAAAAAGAAAAAGAUCUAGUACAAAACUGACUACCUCAGUAUUAUGUAAGUCGGGGUCUGAAAAUGAAUUCCUGGAAGCAAUGACUACACGUAACAAGAUUUCACAUUCUGAGGAGGGUUUAUAUGAAGACUUUUUUUCAUCUUCUGACUUGAAUAAAAGUGAAAUACAAGGAAGCCACUUUCUUCUUGGAGUUCAACAGAAAUCAUCAAGUUCUCCUGAAGUGAUAUGUAAAGCAGGCUAUUCAAGGAGAGAAUCAAAUGAACAGUGUAGUGCUCUUUCCAAAAAGAAGAGAAAAACUGUUCAGAAAAAUGACACUUUGUUAAAGAGUGACUGCAAACUAUCUGAACUUCCAGAAAGUACAAAAAGUAUAACUUUAAAUUGUAUGGUAGAUGGAAAAAAUGCUCAGACUGCAGAAGACUUAGUUUCUAGCUCGCUGAAUCAACUCCAUCAGAACACCCGGGAAAAAAACUGCAGAACUAAUGUGAAUUGUUCCCUUUAUCCUUCUGAAGCAACUCUACAGGACGAUAAUACUGCAGUGAUGGUAUCACUUUCUUUAAAAAGUGAAGAGAAGGGCACAGUGGAGCCAAAAGAACACCCACACAUUUUCCCAGAUUCUGCAAAUAUGGAAAAGUCAACAGGCGAUAAGAAGGAAACUCUACUCAAAAAAUGCAGUCCAAGUGUUGAAAAUGAAAUAUCAGUAUGUGAUGCCAGAUGUGGCUCUCGUGAAGUUUUUAAUGCAAAACAGAAUAAGCACAAUGGGGAGUUAAAGAACACUGGGAGAAGCAAAAAGCCAACAAGAACACUAGUCAUGACAAGCAUGUCUUCUGAGAAACAGAAUACUGUAAUUCAGGUGGUGAAUAAAUUAGGAGGCUUUUCAUUUUCAAAUGAUGUUUGUGAAACAACUAGUCAUGUAGUUGCAGGAAGUCCUCGUCGUACAUUGAAUGUAAUGCUGGGAAUUGCUCGUCGCUGUUGGAUUGUGUGUUAUGAAUGGGUACUGUGGUCUUUGGAAUUUGGAUGUUGGAUCUCAGAGGAACCAUAUGAACUUUCAGCCAGUUUCCCUGCAGCUCCCAUCUGCAGACUUCAACGCCACCUAUCAACAGAAAAAUACCAACAGGAUCUUUUUAAAAAUCAGCCUGUAAUGUUUAUAUCUCUUACCAGCCAACCGCCCUGUGACAAGCUAAGUGAACUUGUACGAUUAUGUGGAGGAAAAGUUUGUAAAACCCUGCGUCAGGCAAAAAUCUGCAUAGGAGAAUAUUUGGGAAAGCAGCAACCUGAAAUAAAAUAUUUAUCAGAAAAAUGGAUAUUAGAUUCAGUCACUCAGCAUAAGAUAUGUCCUUUGGAAAACUACAUAUUUCAGUAAUGAGCUAACUCAAGAGCUCCCAUAUGGUUUUGAGGAAAUUAAGCAUUUGGAUUUAGAUUUAAUAAGAUUCUGAACAGUGAAUGAAAGAUUUAUCAAAGAGCAAGUAAUGGAUUUGUGAAUGCAGCCAAAUGUUUUCUAAAGUUUUGUCAGUCUCAUGUAAGUAUGUAUCUGAUGAUUGUUUUGU